GGAUAGCAAGGACAUCUCAUGUCUUCGUCUUGUUUUUUUUCUGCUCAAGAUUUGAAUGUAACGAUUAGGGAUUACUGAGAACGAGUUUCUCAAGCGAUUUGCAUAUUAUACAGAGAAAUAAAAGAUUUGGAGGCGAUAUAUCUGACCUCUUCAAAGCAAAAUAAUGGCUUUCAUGUUCAAACACAUGAUAGGAGGGCAACUGAAGGAUCUUACCGGGGGUCUUGGAGAAGAAAAACCUGAAGCAGAAAAGUCAGAAGCUGCAACCAAAGGAAUGACACAAGAAGAGUUCGAGCAGUAUCAGGAACAGUUGGCAGAGGAGAAGAUGGAGCGAGAUGCCAGCUUUGCCCAGAAAAAAGCUGAGCGGGCCACUGUUAGGAGCCACUUCAGGGAAAAAUAUCGUCUUCCAAAAAGUGAGCUGGAUGACACACAGAUUCAGGCAGCGGGCGAUGAUGUGGAGUUACCCACUGAGCUGGCCAAAAUGAUCGCAGAGGACAACCAGGAAGAGGAGCAUAAGCAGUCUGUACUGGGUCAGCUGACCAACAUUCAGAAUGUUGAUUUUGAUCAGCUAAAGGAAAAGGCCCAGAGCACCAUUGAAGACCUUAAACAGUCUGCUGAAAAGUGUGAGCUUAUGUAAUUAAGGCCCAUAUACACAAGCACCCCAGAGUUGGACUGCUGAUUGAGGAUCAGAUGUUUACUUGACUACACUGAUUAUAUCCACUAUUUAAAGGAGAAUAAAGGGAAUAGAUCAGAUGCCUGUAAUGAGAUGCUUUGUGAAUUCAACCUCAGGUUUUUGAGUUAACGGGUAAAUCCACCACCAAAUGAACUCCUACGCAAAGCCAGGCACAUGCAAAUCUGUUGUGUGUUUGUUGUUUUAUUGCAAAUAAUGUUAGAUUUACAUGUAUGCAUAGCCAUAAUGGUGACCAAAGGCAAUGAUGAUUAAUUAACAACUUUCUACUCAUUAUUCUGUGUGACGUCUGUUUAUUCAAAUGUGAUAUGCCGCAUCUAAAAUAAAUGGAAAUCCUUUUACAAAAUAUUCCGAUAAAAUAAAUUGCAAAAGUUAAGCUAUUAAAGGUCAGUAUAUAUACAGACAUUAUGGUACAUAAAUAGCCUACUUUUUCCUAUGUAUUCUCAAUAUGUAAUUGAUUGCAUAUUUAUGUAUAGCAUGUAUAUAAAAAUAUGGUUUUAAAAACGAGGGGUUUUACUGUGGAUGCCAAAAUUGUGUCUGGUAUAUUUUUAAUUUGUUCCUAAUUAUUAUUUUUUCUUUAUUUGUUUGCUUGUGUACUUUUUCUGUUGUUGUUUUUGUAUUCGAUUCAGCUCACACAGUUGUAUGCAAGUGUUUAAAUAAAUCCGGAACCAAUG